AUGGAAACUGAAACUUUCUCCGAAACAACGAUAGAGUCAGCCUGUUCAAAUGGGGGAGAAGAGCAGCCUGCUAUCCCUCCACUGCUGAGAGCCGAAGGUUGUCGCUGCUCUGUGAAGCCAGCCUCACGCUUUGCCCUUAAGUCUAGGAGCAAGGAGUCCAAAGCCUACGCUAAAGGCCCAUUGCUCAACUCUCAGCUUGGAGUGGGCAGUCCACACAAAGUGACCAGCAGCCCAACUGAGCUGGCUGUGAUGCACAACACAACCACAUGGCGCACCAAAGAAAGAGGACCUUUGACAAGAAGAUCAAUUAUAGAGUCUGUGGAUGUUGACAUUAACCAUAAAGUUGAGUAG